AUGGCAGAAGCAGGUAUUUCAGUGGCUCAGGAUGAGUUUACUUGCCCAAUCUGUCUGGAUCUACUGAAGAAUCCAGUGACCAUUCCCUGUGGACACAGUUACUGUAUGGACUGUAUUACAGACUGCUGGGAUCAGGAUGAUCAGAGGCGAAUCUACAGCUGCCCUCAGUGCAAACAAACCUUCACACCAAGACCUGUUUUAGGUAAGAAUGUGAUGAUUGCUGAAAUGCUGGAGAAACUGAAGAAGACAAAACUUCAAUCCGCUCCUGACUCUGCUCAUUGUUACGCUGGACCUGGAGAUGUGAAGUGUGACAUCUGUACUGAGAGAAAACUAAAAGCAGUCAAGUCCUGUCUAGUGUGUCUGAACUCUUACUGUCAAAAUCACCUCAACCAGCAUGAGAAUUUCUUUAAAGGUAAAAACCACAACGUGAUCGAUGCCACUGAACGACUACAAGAAAUGAUCUGCAAAAAACACAACAAACAACUAGAAAUCUACUGCCGUACUGACCAACAAUGCAUUUGCUAUCCGUGUAUGAUGGACGUUCACAAAAACCACGACACUGUGACAGCUGUGGCAGAGAGGACAGAGAAACAGACACUUUUGGGAGAAACAAAAAGAGAUUUAAAACAGAGAAUUCAGGAGAGAGAGAAGAAGCUUCAGGAGCUGAGACAGACUGUGGACUCUCAUAAGCGCUCUGCACAGACAGCAGUGGAGGACAGUGAGAGGAUCUUUACUGAACUGAUCCGAUCCAUUAACAGAAGACGAUCUGAGGUGACACAACUGAUCAGAGAUCAGGAAAAGACUGCAGUGAGUCGAGCUGAAGGAGUCAUGAAGCGUCUGGAGGAGGAGAUUGAUGAUCUGAAGAGGAGAGACGCUGAACUGGAGCAGUUUUUACAAACAGACGAUGACAUUCAUUUCCUGCAGAGUUUCAAGUCUUUCUCUGUGACUUCUGGAUCUUCAGAUGUUUCCAGCAUUACUGUCAGUUCUCUUCCCACUUUUGAUGAUUUUGGAAAAUCUGUUUCUGAACUCAGAGAGAAACUGGAGAAUUUGUGUAAAAAAGAAAUAGAAAUGAUAUCUGACAGAGUAAAAUCCAUUGAAAUUAUCAACCACAAAGAACCCAGAACUAGAGAGGAUUUCCUACAAUAUUCAAGUCUCCUCUCUCUGGACCCAAACACAGUGCAUAAAAAUCUCCAGCUGUCUGGGAAGAACACUGUGGCUACUUUCACUGACACAGUCCAGCAGUAUCCUGAUCAUCCAGAAAGAUUUGAUUCCUGCCGUCAGGUGUUGUGUAGAGAGAGUUUGUGUGAACGCUGUUACUGGGAAGUUGAGUGGAGUGGUAAUGUGUUAAUAUCAGUGUCAUAUAAGAGCAUCAGCAGGAAGGGAUCGGGAGAUGAGUGUAUGUUUGGAUGCAAUGACCAGUCCUGGAGUUUGUACUGCAGAGACUCCAGGUGCACAUUCAGUCACAAUAACAAGCACACUGAUCUCCCUGUAGUGUUGAGUUCCUGUAAAAUAGGAGUGUAUGUGGAUCACAGUACAGGAUCUCUGUCCUUCUACAGCGUCUCUGAUACAAUGAACCUCAUACACAGAGUCAACACCACAUUCACUCAACCACUUUAUCCUGGGUUUUGGAUCAUUCCAGGUUCAGUGAAGUUUUGUAAUCCAGCAGUGUAGAUGACAUGUAGAUUCUAAUACUGCAAACCUUUACUUAUAUUAUAAUUUAA